GUCUACUCCAUACUUACAGGUCGAAGGAGCUCUCGUCAGGUACCAACUUCUGACGGUCAUUGUCUUCCUGCCAUCCUCUUUGUCGAUACAUUCAUUAAUUCCAUUUAUGAAAAAUGCUGCAGUCGGUCAGCAUUUGCUCUCAGGCGCCCUCUCGGGGUUCGCGGGAGCCAUCUUAUUACAGCCUCUCGACCUCCUGAAGACCAGGAUUCAACAAGGAGAUUCUGCUUUAAAUGCCCGCAAUACAACCAUUAUAUGGCAUACGACUAAGGACAUUCUCCGGAACGAAGGCAAAAGGGUUAUGGACGGCAAUGUUCCAGGAGUGGCCCUCUACUUUACGAGCCUGACUUAUCUACGCUCUAUCAUGGCGAACUCACCCUAUUUUUCCGCACAACAGCGGUACAGCCGUGACAACUCUAAAACUCAGGGCAACCUUAUAGCAGGCGCGACCGCUCGAGUCGGUGUCGGAUUGAUCCUCAACCCAUUUUCUAUCUUGAAGGCGCGUUUUGAGUUAUCAGGCUCGCUUCUUUCCAUCGCCCGUAUGGGACCGUCUGAACUUAUGCGCGGAUUUGUUGCCUCGUCGCUGCGGGAUGCACCAUAUGCUGGUCUUUUUGUCGUCAUAUACGAGAGUAUUAAACGGGAGACAACACAUGCAGCAGGCAUACAUAGCUUUUCAGCAGCAUCUGCAGGUGCCAUUGCCACAAUGGCUACACACCCAUUUGACGUUAUAAAAGUCAUUUCUUCACGCUGUCUCGCCUUCCAGAAUAUCUGAUAGCUUACUCAGACGAAAAUGCAAGUUCGUUCAGAAGACAGA